UGACAACAGGAAUUCCGACAACCAUUCUCAUACGAAGAGUAGAAUUGACAGUAGGGAGGCAGAAUGGCAAAACAUAAAUACGUGAUAUAUGACGCAGGAGAUAAAGUAGAUGUUGCUUCCGAAGGGGACAUACCUCCACCAAGGGAUCUGGUUGAGCAGAUGUACUGCUCUGAACAGAUUCACAUCCCACCAACCUUUCCUUAUAUUCUGCGUCAGUACUGCAAGGCAGCUAUCCGCACACAGCCAUAUGAUCUGCUCAAAUGGUCAACUGCUUAUUUCCGUGCAAUGGCAGAUGGAGAAAUACCACCUGUUAAACACCGACUUGAGUACCCACCCACUGAUGUGCCCUCAGGGCUGACACCUGGGUAUCUGAGGGUAAUACUGAGGCAGUUAAAGAGGAAAAAAGUUAUCCCAACAGAGCUGCUGUAUAAUAAGUGGGGAGGAUUAUGUCUGAACCAUAACGCCUUGAAGGUGAUGCUGGAAAUAGGAGAGUUCACUGAUGAUGAAGUAGAUGUUUUGAAAUUUGUGGCAAUUGCAGCUGGCCAUCUCACACAUAACCUGAAACAAACAAUGAUAGUCAUAUGUGAAAUACUGACUGAAGAACCUGAAGGUGGGUCAGCUAUGAUUCCAUUCUCAACAUUUUGUGACCUUUACACAUAUCUUGCAAAAAAAGACUGUGGACCACCAUCUGCCCAUAAACCUGAUGUCAAGGAAACAAUUCAAGCAGAAGAGGAAUCAGAGGAAACUGAAGCUGAAGACAAAUUACAUAAACAACAUGCAGAGGACAUAAUCACCGAUAUUGUAGGAACUGUUGUAUCUGUUCCAGGAGAUGAAGAACAAACAACAGAAAAUGUUACUGGAGCAGAUGUUCAAGGAGAAGGUGAGCAGGAACAGAGCCCAGAGUUAUCAGAAACAACCAUUGGUGAAAUGCAAAUGUCUGGCAGUAAAGAUCUUGAAGAUACAGCAGAAGUUCAUGAAGAGAGUGUUCACAUAACAGAAACAAAAGAAGAAAAUGGUAUGGAUAAUAUGCAUCCAGAUAAAGAAAGCAGUCCUGUAGGAGUUGAGAGGACUACUUCAGUGAAAUUUAAGGAACCGGUACAUGCAGGCAGUAUAAACACAGAGGAAGACGUUUCAUUAUUAUCUGAUGAGUCCAGUCCUGCCACAGUGCCAGAAGAAAAGAGUUCUGAACCAGAAGAAAAGAGUUCUGAACCAGAAGAAAAGAGUUCUGAAAAGAUUGCAAAAGAAACUGUUAAAGAAGUUGUACAUAGAGCAGAAGUUGCUGCUGAAGCAAAUCAAGCCGAAAUUACAGCUGCCCAAUUUGUGAUUAAGGUUAAGUCGGAAACAGUGUCAAGGAAAGUUCGUACGCAACGGAAAGCACCCAAGAAGACACUGAAACCCUCCCACAUGCAUCAUGAAGUACCUGGCAUUGGGCCUCCAGUCUCAGAUGAACAAAUAGACAAAGUUAUUACAUAUUUGCAUUACUGGUCUGCACGACAAGAAGGAAUGAUUAUGCCACGCAACAUAAAUCAUUUCCUUUGCCCAUCACUUGAUCCUCCUCCUCCUCCAGAAUUUAUAGAGGCAUCGCUACCAACGUGCAUCUGUGGCAUAGGAAAUCCAAUGGCCUCCGAGUGCCAUUGCACAGCUGCUUCUGACAACUAAUCAAUUUAAAACCAUCAGUGUUUGUGGGCAUGUGCAUGCUCACCAGUAAUUGCUUCUAACAGUGCUUUUUACCAGUGAUAUUGUCAUUUCAGUACUGUAGUUCUUCAAAAGUUCUUCAACUGCUGUUUCACUAGCAAUUUUAUAGUAAAUGUGUUAAGCUUUGGUAGAUUGAUCAUAAGGGUCUGAAGCUCACCAUUGCCUUUAACUGCUGAUCAUACACCCAGCACAAUAUUGACCACAAUGCUCAUCACCUCCUACAAACUUAAGCAAAUUAUCUUUCAUUAUUUUCAAAUAAUUUACACAGUGAUUAGCUUUUUGCUAUUACAUGUACAACAAAAGAACCUAAGGUAAUAAAUAGCCUGAUAUUCAACAGAGAGUCCCUCUUUAAAAUUUUUUUGGAUGUAACUGCUUGCUGCAAAACAAUGUUUGAAUUUUACACCAAAUCACACACAACAACAGUGUUUACCAUUUUGCCAGCUGGAUCAUGUUUCUAUGCCUUCAACUUCUGCUCUAUGGUGUAUUAUCAGUAAAUUUUACUCUCACUUAAGAAAAAUAGUGGCUUGCUGUUUGUCCACAGUAAGAAGACAGUUUUUACUGGUGUUACCUGUGGAGAAGAAAAUCGGCACUAGUUGGAAAAUAUUCAUUUGUCUCCAAGCACUGCCAGUGUUUCUGCAUGUAUCACCUCUGCUUCCAUGUAAGCACAAAACGGGGGAAAUUGUGCCAGCACUCAUUGUGUGAAGAAGUUAACGCUACUGUCCCCUCACUAGUUGUCUCCCACUGGCAGUCCUAAUGCAGGGGCAAGGCAUACCUCCCACAGUUCCCGAAGGGCAUCGAGUGAAGGGUAAUCAUAUCAUGUCAAACAGUAUGUGUGCUAAAUCAGGAAAUUAAGUCAAGGAGAACAAACAUCCAGUAUAUAUGCAUAAAC